AUGACAGCGUCUAUACACACAAACACACUCGCAGCCUCGCACUACUGUGAGAGAAGAGAGUUGUUUUAUCUUUUUGGAUGCAAAGUUAUUUUUACGUUUACAUACUGGUAAAUUGGAAUUAUUUACCACUUAUUUGAAAGCAAAAAAUGUCCGUUCCGCACAAAGUUGGGAUAGUGAAAUCUAAACAGGCACCUAAUGUUAACACCCACCAAAAGGCAGCUGUGGCAAAGGGUGUCAAAGCCAUUGGAAAGAAGAAGGAUGAAGAGGAAGGGCUAGACACAGCCGAAGGAGAGGAAUGGAUGCAGGGGAAGACUCUCGUGAAGCCUCCAGACCAGCUGGACUUAACUGAGGCAGAGCUGAAUGAAGAGAUUACCAGAGUACUAAAAGCAAGCAAUCCAAAUGCUCCACAAAACGUUGUCAGAUACAGUUUCAAAGAGGGCUGUUAUAAACCAAUUGUCUUUGUGGAUCAGAUGGCUAUUCACUUUGAACUAGAAGGGAAUCUUGUGCACAAGGAAUCUGAUGAAGGUCGGAGAUUGAUGGCUAAACAAGCUGAAGUGGAUGAUGGUGGAGGGGACGAGAGGCCAGACAAUGUGUCCAUCAAAGCUGGAAAGAGAGAGCAGAAACUCACCAAUCAGUUCAACUUCAAUGAGAGAGCCUCUCAGACACUAAACAAUGCUCCAAGAGACAUAAUUUGUCAAACUGAGCCUCCUCCUCGUGCAAACUUCUCAGCUACAGCAAAUCAGUGGGAGAUUUAUGACUUUUACGUAGAGGAACUUCAAAGGCGGGAGAAAAGUAAAGAGAAGCAUGAAGGCCAGUUCCUAAAUAAGGAGGAAGACAAGAGCAAGAAGAAAAUUAUUCAAGCUGAGACUCAGAACGAUGACAUAUCCCAACUAGCUAAGGCGGUCAAGAUCAUUGAGCGUAUGGUGAAUCAAAAUAUAUUUGAUGAUGUUGCACAAGAUUUCAUGUACUUUGAGGAUGCAUCCGAUGAAUUUAGAGGAGAGAAGGGCACUCUUCUCCCACUAUGGACGUUUCAGUAUGAUAAAGCCAAAAGUCUGUCUGUGACUGCCCUCUGUUGGAAUCACAAAUACAAUGAUUUGUUUGCUGUUGGGCUUGGUUCUCAUGAAUUUACUCAGCAGGGGGGUGGCAUGCUUCUCUUCUACACCCUAAAGAACCCAAGUUACCCAGAAUUCAUCUUUAACACGGCUUCAGGAGUAAUGUGUUUAGACAUCCAUGAACAUUUGUCUUACCUGGUGGCUGUGGGAUUGUAUGACGGCUGUGUCGCAGUGUACAACCUGAAGAAAAAGACUGAUCAGCCCAUUUAUAACAGCAGAGCCAGCUCCGGCAAACACACAAGUGCUGUGAUGCAGGUGAAGUGGCAGAAAGAUGAUUUGGACAGUAAUCACAACUUCAUCUCUGUGUCUGCUGAUGGACGAGUGGUGUCUUGGACUCUGGUAAAGCAUGAACUAGUCUUCACAGACAUUAUCAAGCUCCCAGUCAUUGACGCAAUUCCAGAUGACUUGAAGGAUGUCAUUCCUACAGUUGGAACAUCUUUGGACUUUCACAAACAAAAGGAGUACAGUUUUCUUGUUGGCACUGAGCAUGGAAAGAUUCACAAGGGCUCCAAAUACUAUUCUAGCAAGUUCUUGGAAAAAUAUGAUGCCCACUUCAUGAAUGUCACUCGUGUGAGGUGGAAUCCCUUUCAUCCUGAUGUCUUCAUCUCCUGUGGCUGGGACUGGAUGGUCAAAAUUUGGGAUCAAACUAUGAAGUCUCCCGUUUUCACCUUUGAGCUGAAAACUUCAGUGACAGAUGUGGCCUGGGCUCCAUACUCCUCUACUGUCUUUGCUGCUGUCACCACUGAUGGAAAGGUCCAUGUGUUCGACCUGAACAUCAACAAAUAUGAGGCUCUCUGCCAGCAAAAAGUGGUAUCCAAGAAGACCAAGCUCUUGCACAUCGAAUUCAACCCUGUCCAUCCCAUCAUCAUCGUGGGCGAUGACCGCGGCCAUGUCACCAGCCUCAAGUUCUCUCCCAACCUCCGCAAGAAGCCUAAGGAGAAGAAGGGUCAGGAUUUGCCGAAGGGGCCGGAGGUGGAAAUAGCAAAGAUGGAGCAACUGUUGAGCUCACUGAGAUAGCCUGGGAACAAUCAGAAGAACUGAGGCACAGUAAGACCAGGACGACUGCAAAUACUACAAAUUCUCUAUAAACCUUAAAAUAUACAGUGGGUAUAAAAAGUCAGCACACCCCUGUUAAAAAUCAUUUUCCAUCUUUAAUGUAAUAUUGAAACCAACGAAAUUCAUGUAACAGCAAACAGAAACUUUUAAGGAAAGAAGAAUGAAAAAUAAGACUUGAAAUACUGUCUCCUGGAUGUACAAGUAUUCACACCCCUAAUAUUUGGUUGAAACGCCUUUUUCCUGUUAGUACAGCAGCCAGUGUUUUUGAAUAAGUGUCUAUCACCUAAAUACAUCAUGCUUUGUCCAUUUUUAUUUCUUUCUUGCAAAAGAGCCCAGAGCCCCAUGUCAUUUCACAGUUCUUGUUUUUUUUUAUAGAUUGGAUUUAGGUAUGGGCUCUGACUGGACCUUUACAAAACAUGGUUCUUCUUCUGAAGCCAAUUGUUUGUUGACUUUGAUUUGUUUUUUGAGAUUAUUAUUGUGAUGAAACAUGAAUUUCCACUUUAUCUUAAGAUUUUAGUGGCGGCCAGCAGGUUUUGUGCCAAAAUUUUCUGGUAUUUGGCACUAUCCAUGAUUGUCUUUAUCUUGACUAUUGCCCCAGUCUCAGCUGAAGAGAAGCAGCCCUAUAGAAUGAUACUUAAACAACCAUGUUUCAUUGCGAGUUAGAGCUGCACGAUUCUGGAUAGAUUGAGAAUCACAUUUUUGUUUGUUUCAAAUAGAGAUCACGAUUCUUUGUUUGAAAAUGUUUAAUUAAUUUGAAUUAAUUAUUUUUUUUAAAUUGUUUGUUUGAAUGAAUGAUUCAAUGACUCACUCAUUCACUCCACUUGUUUCAUUACUGAAUGAUCAGCAUUUUUGAAUGAAUGAUUCAAUGACAACAUUUUUAGCAGCACAUUGUAAUCAACAAACGUUAUUUGAAGCUAAAAUUACUUUCAAAAGUUCCAUUUUGAUCACUAUCAUAGACAUCAGUGUUAAUAUCCUAACUAUAAACUUUUAUCUCAGUACUUCUGUGAUAAUAUGAAUGAUUGUAAGACAGAAAUAAUACUGUGUGGUUGUUUGUUAAACUGUUUUAUACCUAAACAUGAUAUUUGUUCUCUCUGUCAGUGGCGGCGUGAACACAGAUUUGAAUAUCCGAUAUGACUUUGUCAAAGGUUAAAUAGACAGAAACUAAUCGUUGUCAUUUAGAAAUAAGAUCGCGUGAGUGUUUGAAUCGAGAUUGCGAUCUUUUAACGAUUAAUGGUGCAGCUCUAUUGUGAGUAUGGUGUUGUUUGGAUGAUGAGCAGUAUUGUUUUUGUGCCAACCGUACUUUGUAAAAUCGUGGCCAAAAAGUUCAAUUUGGUUUUGUUGGAUCAUUAAACAUUUUGCCUCAUGGUUGUGGCUCAGAUGCUUGACAUAUGAAGAAUACAGAAUAUUGUUGUCACAUGCAACAUGUGAUCAGUACUUGCCAGAUAUUCUUGCAGCUCCUUUAAUGCUACUUUAGGUCUAUUGGCAGCCUCCUUGUUAACAUUUCAUCUUGUUUUUUCUAUUUUUGACAGGUGACCUGUUUUUUGCAGUGUCAUUGUGGUGCCCUAUUGUCGCCACUUGUUGAUGUUUGCCUUCACGGUAUUCCAAGGCACAUCUAAUUCUUGGAAUUACUUUUGUACCCCUCUUCACAAAGAGAUCCUGCACAUUCUUUGUAAGCAGGCUGUGAUUUCGGCAAUAAGAUGCAACCAAGAGGAUACAAAGAACAUGAACAUCCUACAGAAACAGCAGUUUUUUAUUCAGGGUUAAUUGGCAUCACUAGCAUAAUAAUUACUGGAGGAUUAUAAUAACUUUUCAGUAAAAGUUUGAAUGUGAUUUGGUUAUUUUCAAACACAGUACAUGCACUAUUAUAAAAGGUUGUGUACUUUUGUGUAGGGUUGUGUAUGUUCUUUUUUCUUUAAAAGUUUCUAUUUGCUUUUUGUUACAUGUAUUUUGUUCAGUUCAAUAUUACAAUAAAGGUGGGAAAAGAUUUACCAUUAUUUUACUUGGAUAAUUUUUUAUUUACAUCUUAAAAAGCUGCAUUUCUUGUCCAGUAUUUAAACUGUUGUCUAGAAAUGUGAAAAGUCAAAAAUAGUCUUAAGAUGUUAAAAAAGACCAAGAUUUUUAUGGAUAUUUCAACGUAUUUAUUAAACGUUCAUAAUCUUUAUCUACCAUUUCAUUUUCUCUAAUAUUCUCAAGAAAAGAUGCUAGCAUGUUAUUAGGGUACCGGUCCCUCUGGCCCAUUGCACAAGCAAACAACCACAAUAAAACAUGCAUUUCUUUUUAAUUCUUAAUAAUUAUGUCUUAAUAAUUUCUUUCCUAAUAAUCACCAUCCACUUGAUUGGCUCUAUGACUCUCUCUCCUCUCCACCUUUAGCUGGUGUGUGGUGAGCGCACUGGCGUCGUUGUCCUGUGGAUGCUGCACACUGGUGGUGGUUGAGGAGAGACCCCCCCACAUGAUUGUAAAGCGCUUUGGGUGUACAGCAAUACACAAUAAAGCGCUAUAUAAAUGCACCAUUCAUUCAUUCAUUCUUUUUAAAAUUUCUCUUUCAGACAGCACAAUUCAGCUCUUAUUCAAAUUUAAUUCUGGCACUUGAGCUUUUAUUUGUUUGUGGGCUAAUUAGCAUAACACUGAUUGCUAGCUGGUGAGCUGCAGGUCUGGGGUUUCACUGACAUUGUCAGGCACUACUGAAUGACUCUAAAGAGGCGACUGAGAGUCUCUUUACCUUUACAUAAAACACUCAGGCAGAGGUGUACAGUAUAAGGGGACGUUCACAUAUCGUGUCUUUUGUGCGCUCAAGUUCGUUAUUUCAAAUGUAGACACGCGGCAGGCUAUGGAAGUCCAAAAGGGCCAAAAACACGUGAAUUUUAACACGUAUUUCACACGUAUUUAACACGUGAAAAAUCAGCACAUCAAAUACGCAUAUUCAACAUGUUAAAUACACAUGAAAUACCUGUUAAAUACGCGUGAAAUACGCGUUAAAAAUCAGUUUGAACGGGUCAGUGUCAUUGGCUGCUGAAGACUUGGGUCAAACCAUUUAUGUGAGCUUAGGGGGGUGUACCAUUCAUAAUGGAAGCGACGCGUUCAUUUUUUUCCAGGUGCAGCCGUGCCGCAUCGAGAUGAAAACAUUUAAACUCUUCAGAAUGCCGAAAGCGCACCGUGGGUCAUGUGACAAGAACCAACCAAUCAGCUUCAUCCUUUCCCGUAACAACAUUGAAAGCUCAGCCAAGAUGAUUUAUCCUUUUAUCCUUUGCUGAAACUUCCCCGUCUUCAUGGAGAGCGCAGGUCAUGGUUGCUUAGCAAUGGCAGACGCCUCCAGAGCGCAAGCACCCGAACGCUUUGGGGAAAAGGAGAAAGCGGCACGCCUAAACGUUUCUCCCCCACGCGUUUUUAGGCGCGACAUGUGAACGGCCCCUAAGAGAGCUCAGGUACAGUCCCAGCAGCCCACACUCAGCCAACUCACUCCUCGUCCUUGUUUGUUUUUAGAUGAUGCCUCACUUACGCAGGCCUCUUAUGAAUAGCAAAAAACAUAUAUGAAAUCAUGUUUUAAUUCAUGACAAACCAUGUCAUCCAAUCCGCAAUUGAUCGCUGCAGGCAGUACAAAAUAUAAACAGCAUUCCAUCUCCAAUUUUUUUCCCUC